AUGCUCAGCCUGUGGAGAGCAGUCAUCUUGGAGACCCUCCUGGGUUAUGUUUCUUGGUCUCUCUAUCAUGACCUGGGGCCCAUGAUCUAUUACUUUCCCUUGCAAACGCUGGAGCUCACAGGGCUGGAAGUGUUUAGCAUAGCCCUGCUCUCUCCGAUACUAUUAACAAUGCCUCUGUUCUGGAACCUGUUUAAUAAGAGAUGGAUGCUUGCCCUGCUGAGGAUGGUCACUGUUGGCAGCAUAGCCUCCUUUGAGGCUCCAAAUGCUAAGCUUCGACUGGCGAUCCUUGCACUUGGUGUGUCUUCCUCGUCGAUAGUACAAUCAGUGACCUGGUGGUCAGGAAGUGGCUUGCAAAGGUACCUCAGAAUCUGGGGGUUCAUUUUGGGGCACAUUCUUCUUCUUGUUCUCCGCAUAUGGUAUACGUCACUAAACCCAAUAUGGAGUUACCAGAAGUCUAACAGAGUGAUAUUGACGUUAAGUACCAUAGCCGUGUUUGACCGAAUUGGCACAGAUGGUGACUGCAGUAAUCCUGAGGGGAAGAAGUCCAGUGAGGUGGCCAAGGGCACGGCCUCUAGACCCAAUUGGCUGUUGGCAGGUGCGGCCUUUGGGAGCCUCAUGUUCCUCACACACUGGAUCUUUGGCGAGGUGUCUCUUGUUUCUAGAUGGGCAGUGAGUGGUCAUCCUCACCCAGGGCCGGAUCCCAACCCAUUUGGAGGUGCAGUUCUGCUGGGCUUGGCAAGUGGAUUGAUGCUUUCGGCUUGGUCGUGGUUUUGUGAUGCUUGGUCGAGGCUAGGCUGGUGGAUUAUAGGAGCAGCCUCGGCCAUGGGUCUCCUUUACCUGCGCACAUGGGCAGCUGCUGUUUCCGGCUGUGUAUUAGCUGUCUUUACUGGGUCCGUGUGGCCUCACAUGCUUGGACACCUUGUGAGCUCAGGAACAAGCCCCGGGGAAACCAUGGCCACCGCCAUGAUAGUUUAUCUUCUAGAAGUAUUUUUCUGUGCGUGGUGCACAGCUUUUAAGUUUGUCCCUGGGGGUGUCUACGCUAGAGAAAGAUCUGAUGUGCUUCUGGGGACCAUGGUGGUAGUUAUUGGACUGAGUAUGCUGUUUGGACCUAAGAAAAAUCUUGAUUUUCUUCUUCAAACAAAAAACAGUCCUAAAGUGCUUUUUAGAAAGAGUAAAAAAUACAUGAAUCUUCUUUUGUGGCUGCUUGUUGGACUGGGGUUGUUAGGAUUAGGAUUACGGCAUAAAACCUAUGAGAGGAAAUUGGGCAAAGGGGCACCAGCAAAAGUGGUCACUGCCGCCAUCUGGCCUUUCCGGUUCGGGUAUGACAAUGAGGGAUGGUCCAAUCUAGAGAGGUCAGCUCAGUUGCUCGAGCAGACAGGUGCAGAUUUUAUUACAAUUUUGGAGAGUGAUGCUUCUAAGCCUUACAUGGGGAACAAUGACUUAACUAUGUGGCUGGGGGAGAAGUUGGGCUUCUAUACAGACUUCGGUCCAAGCACCAGGGAUCACACUUGGGGGAUUAUGGUGUUGUCACGAUACCCAAUUGUGAAAUCAGAACAUCACCUUCUUCCAUCACCAGAGGGCGAGAUUGCACCAGCCAUAACCCUGACUGUUAAUGUCUCUGCCGCACUGGUGGAUUUUGUGGUGACACACUUUGGGAAUCAUGAAGAUGACCUUGACAGGAAGCUGCAGGCUAUUGCUGUUUCUAAACUAUUAAAAAAUUGCUCAAAUAAAGUGAUAUUUCUGGGAUAUAUCACCUCAGCACCUGGUUCCAGAGAUUACCUACAACUCACAGAACAUGGCAACGUGAAGGACAUCGACAGCACUGAUCAUGACAGGUGGUGUGAAUACAUCAUGUAUCGGGGGCUGAUAAGGUUGGGUUAUGCGAGAAUUUCUCAUGCUGAACUGAGCGACUCUGAAAUUCAGAUGGCCAAAUUCAGGAUCCCUGAUGAUCCUGUCAAUUAUAGAGAUAACAAGAAAGUGGUCAUAGAUGACACAGGAGUUCCCAAGAACAUUCAUUUCAAUCCCAGAUUUGGAUCCUACAAAGAAGGACACAAUCAUGAAAAUAACCAUCAUUUUCACAUGAGUACCCCCAAAUACUUUGUUUGAACAACUUAAAACAAGAAGCCAUCAACUGUGCAAGUCUAAGGGGAAAAUACAGAAGAUCAAAAAGAAGAGUUUCAUGAAAAUGGGAAGAGUCUUAUGACAAACCUCAGGUGUUAAAAAUAUGAUAUCAUA